AAAACCAUUACAAAAAGGGUCGCCGAUCCCCAAACGACAUCAGUUUCCGAAGACAAGUGCCAGCGGAAGUACUUCAAAAAUUAAAUUAAUAUUAACCAAAGUAAAAAAGGUUAAUUUUAAGCGGCAUAAUGAGCGUUCAACAAUUUGAGCAAGAAGUUCUUCAAGCCCACAAUUCAUAUCGGGCCAAGCAUGGGGCUCAACCCUUGACUUUGAGUCCCAAACUGAAUCAAUUGGCCACGGAGUGGGCCAAUUAUUUGCUGUCCAGAAAUCGCAUGGAACAUCGCCAGAACAGUGGAUAUGGUGAGAACAUUUACAUGGCCUCCGGGGGAAAUCUGAAAGGUGCCGAUGCCGUCAGAUCCUGGUACGAAGAGAUUCGACACUACAAUUGGAAUCAUCCGUCGUUUCAAGGUAACACCGGCCAUUUUACUCAGGUGGUCUGGAAGAGCUCCACCGAGCUGGGCGUGGGUUUUGCGAAGAGUGGCAGUACCAUCUAUGUUGUGUGCAACUACAAUCCCCCCGGCAACUACAACAACUUGUUCAGGGAGAAUGUCGCACCCCCAAUGCAAUAGAUGUAUAAAAGUGUUAAUAUAUGCUAAUAUCAUUCCAAAGAUGUACAUGAACUUCAAACGUUGGAUCCUUUGUACCCCCAUUUACCUUUUUAAUAGAAAUGUAAUGUAAAACUUUUGUUAUCAAUUUAUUAAAUUUAACUAC